AACGCUCGCUCUCCUUCAGAUCCCUCCACGGCGCACGGGGGUUAAGCAGCCACUGCUCGGAUUGCGGCGCCCGUCACUUUCUGCAGCUUUUCCGCUUCUUCAUCACUCAGCUUCUCUCUCUCCACCUCCAGCACGGUGGUCUCCGCCCGGCUGCGUCCACAGCGACGACCCAAAACGGGAGUUGUGACAGUGCGAACAGCCACAGCCGACGGUUGUUUUGGUUGCUGAAAAGUAAGAUAAUUCGAUAAAGAUGGUGAAACUUGGGAGUAAUCUACAGGACAAAGGGGCGAAAGCAGUGAGCGUUGAGGAUGGAUUUCAGAACGUCCCCCUCAUCACGCCCUUGGAUGUUAGUCAUCUUCAGUACCAAGCGCCAGACAAGGUUGUGGUGAAAACACGAACUGAAUACCAAACGGAGCAGAAGAACAAGGCCAAGCUGAAGGUGCCCAAAGUGGAGGAGUUCACCAUCAGCUUCACUGAUGGUGUGUCAGAGAGACUGAAGGUCACCAUCCUUAUUGUCCUGGCUUUGGCCUUUCUUGCCUGCAUAGUGUUCCUGGUGGUGUACAAGGCCUUCACUUAUGACCACACCUGCCCAGAUGGCUUUGUGUACAAGCACAAGCGAUGCAUCCCAGCCUCCCUGGAGGCCUACUACACUGCUCAAGACGCCAACUCCCGCGGCCGCUUCUACACGGUCAUUAGCCACUACAGCAUGGCGAAGCAGACCACCUCACGCUCUGUUUCCCCCUGGCUGCCAGCUGGUGGCGCCCAGCACGACGCUAAGCCCCCUAACACAGACAGCCAAUGAGGCUGCCCAUGCUGCUUAUUAACCAGGCAUUGCCGUGCCUGCUUACUUUUCACCUGAUUACCUGCUACUUUCCAUUUCUCCCCUUCUGUUUUUUUUUUACCUGCAUAGUUCUUAAAAUGUAUGACUCUUUAUUUAUGUAUUUAUUUAUUUAUGACUAUUUAUUAUUUAUUUUUAUUGUAUAAUUCCUGUUUUUUUUGUAUUUAAUAUCUGAUCAUUGUUUGUACAAAGGCAUGACUUGGCAAACCUGUCUGAAAUGUUUUUCCUUGCACUGUCUGUGAGUGUCAAUGAUCCAUCUCAAAAACAAACGUCCUGUACCCAACCCCUGUAGUUAAGUGACCGUUCAAUUCAUUGUGAAAGGCAUGAUACAAAUAAGGGAAGCUUUUUUGUGGUUUAUUUCCAAACAUACAGUUUCUGUGGUUUUCUGUCAAGAUAUCUGUAAGACUCAUUUUUAUGUGGGAUAUAUUAAUGACAACAAUAAUAUAAAUAUGAUAUUACCAUAGACUGGCGACAGAACACAUGGUAAAUGUAUGUUAUGGUUCCUCCUUUGAGCCUAUCUGUAAAUAGCCCAUGAGAAAGAAUAAACCUGUUGUGUGUACUGCCAUUAGACACAUUGUAAAAUUCUCACUGUUUCUCAACGGAUGAUCAGCGGCCUUUGGAGCUUCGCAUUUCGCUUUAGCCAGCAGUCUAUGCUCAAUCACUGGAGGAUGAUCCAGGGAUGAAAACCUGGGACUCUGGGAUAAUUUCAGCAGAAUCCUUGCCAAAGCUCGAUCUUCUGCUUCAGUCACAGAUCUGCGCCACUGUCAUUUUUAUAUCUGUUGUCAGAAAAACAUUUUGAAAUCGUGUGCUGUUGUUAGUUGAUAUGUAGCAAAGCACUGAGUAUUUUUGAUUGUGUAUCCUUUAGGUUUAAAACAAUAAAGAUAUACAAAAUGUUCAGUA